CUCUAAUAAAGCAUUCUUCGGAUUGAAACCUGUAGACAAUUGAAACCUGUAGAGGAUUGACACUUUGAUUGAGGUGUUACCGGUGUCCACCAUACGUGUGGAAACGUGCUGCGGACACAUCGCUUGCAGCGAUAAUCUGCCAGAUCUUUCGGAUUCAGGCUUACGCUGAGCAGGGGGAUUCAGACUCAGCCAUGGCGCUAACUAGAUACAAAGCGUUGGUAUUCGCAGCAUUUCUCAUCGCUACCGCAAGCGGCGCUCGCCAACCCCUACCUCCCGCGACUGCCCCAGCCCUUGCUCCAGGAUCCGCCAUGGCACCUGCCGGCGCUUCCAUCAUGCCCAGCCCUGCUCCAGGUCCCGCAACACAGCAACAGGGCUACACAGGUCCGGGAGAGGCGGACCUGCUGUUCGUCCUCGUAGCAGACAAGGCCACAUUUACCACCGCAAGCACUCUUGUCCUGAGCCGCCCGGCGCACACUGUCGCCAGCUUUGAGGCCGGCGGCAGAGCGGGCUCUUCUCCAAUUGCACAAUUUGUUUCCACCGCUCCAGGUGCGCCAUAUGUGGACAGCGAAGGUCGCUGGCUGAAUCAGCCUGAUGCGCUCAUGAAGGGGACAACGGGCGGCCACCCAGCGGAUGCUCUGCUCAUCCUCUCACGGCCCCUGUACAACGAGACCGAACAGACGCUGUCGUAUACUGUGGCGACGCUGCAAGUGAGCCCGGUCGAUGUCAAGUUCCCCGGUGGAGCCGUCUCGGAGCGCGUGCAGCAGGCAGGUGCCGGCAUGGGCGCGCCACUCAUCCAGACGGCAGCCCCAGGGAUGGAGCUGACAGAUGUGACUCUCUUCAUUGACAUGAAUCGCCAGGCGAUGCAGCACCCUUCCGCCUGAUGUAGGUUUUAGUUUUUAUUUUGUUUUUGAAAAUUUGAAAACUUGAGAUGUGCCAGAACUGAAGAGCGGAGGAGCCUGAGAUGUAUCAUCCUGCCUGAUAGCAGUGAGGGUUUGAUUUUGCAACAUGCCAGAAUUGAGGAACAAGGAAUUUGAAAUCAGCAGGGUUGCCAAUCAGGAAACGUGUAUUGAACAGAGGUGCGUCAGUGAGGAAGUGGCUGAAUUGGUGGAUUAAUUGCAAUAAAUUGCAUGCCACAAUGCAGUCUUCAGUACACCGUGCAUAGAUGCCAUCAUUUCAAGAACAAACAUAUAAAAAUCGCCGGUUUGAGUAGGAGUGGGGCAUGAAAGAUACAGGCAUGAGCAUAAAUGAAGAUUUCACAAGUCUGCAAGGCUGGUUGUG